GUAUUGUGUUUUGUCAGAAGACUGAACACCCGAGUACCUUCCUCAUGAAAUAAAUAGGAAAUAAAGAAAGUUAGGGCUGCAGUCACUAUUCAUCAGGCACGCUAAAUGUCUGCAGCUUCUGCAGACUUCACUCGUAUGCUGAGUUAACAGCCCUUCCAGAGGCAGGAAGUGACCAAAGCUGGUUAAUCUUUACAACAGCCAGUGCUAAAUACUUGGCUUCUUGGGGCUGUUUUCCAGCUGGGCCACACAGAUGAGUAAACAAAGGAAGAGGGAAAGGAAGCGUUGAGGGAAGAGCUUUCAAAUUCAGUUAUUCCACGGAAUUAAUUGGCAAAGGGUGCUGUAGAGUCGAGGUUUAGGAGGAUCUUAUAGGAAAUGGGGGUAGGAAGUCUUCACGUUACAAGGAAGAGAAAAUAGGAGCUGUGGAGACACCUGCUGGUUUGGGAGAGGGCAGGCUUCUAUGGGCUGGUCCAGGCUGGUUUUACAGCCUUUGGCUCUUUCCUGAGAAGACUGGAUGACCUGAGCGCCUUGCAAAGCAAAGAAGAGCUGAUUAUGUCAGCACUGAGCUGGAAGCCCUUUCUCUAUGGAGGCUUAGCAUCAAUCACUGCAGAAUGUGGUACUUUCCCAAUUGACCUCACAAAAACACGUCUACAGGUUCAAGGUCAAGUUAAUGAUGCCAAAUACAAAGAGAUCCGCUACCGUGGAAUGAUGCAUGCCCUGGUCAGAAUAUUCAGAGAAGAAGGAUUGAAAGCCUUAUACUCUGGGAUUGCACCUGCAAUGUUACGCCAGGCUUCAUAUGGAACUAUAAAAAUAGGCACUUACCAGAGCUUAAAAAGAAUGUUUGUUGAACAUCCAGAAGAUGAAACUCUGAUGAUAAAUGUUCUAUGUGGCAUUCUUUCGGGAGUCAUUUCAUCAUCUAUUGCCAACCCAACGGAUGUCUUAAAGAUCAGAAUGCAAGCCCAAGGCAGUGUGAUUCAAGGAGGAAUGAUGUGCAACUUUAUCCAGAUCUAUCAAAAUGAAGGAACUAAAGGAUUAUGGAAGGGAGUUUCCCUGACAGCACAGAGAGCUGCUUUGGUUGUUGGAGUGGAACUGCCAGUAUAUGACUUCACCAAGAAACAAAUAAUCGUGUCUGGAUAUAUGGGAGACACAGUGUAUACUCACUUCCUCUCGAGUUUUACUUGUGGGCUAGCUGGAGCCCUAGCAUCCAACCCAAUUGAUGUGGUGAGAACACGCAUGAUGAAUCAGGCAAGCCAGCCAAAUGGGGGGCACUCAAACUACAAAGGUACCUUGGAUUGCUUGUUACAAACCUGGAAGAACGAGGGCUUCUUUGCUCUCUACAAAGGGUUUUGGCCAAACUGGUUAAGACUUGGCCCUUGGAAUAUCAUUUUCUUUCUGACGUAUGAACAGCUGAAGAAAUUAGACUUGUGAUGUCCUGACCCAUGUGCUGAAUUCAGCUCAGUGGCUUCAGAGCAACUUGUAAGUUACCUUGAGUAGACCCAAGGAAGAGGUAAUCGGAAGACUUUGGAGGAGAACCAUCUAGAAGUGAAGUGACAUCAUUGCAGACCCUUCUUUGACACGGUGGUUUGCUCGUGUGGUUAAGUGGAUGACGUGCACUAUUUUUCAGACUGAACCAAAAGAAAACACCAAAAACAGCAACGCCAAAACGGUGGAGACGCUCACAAAAAGCAGCAACAGCUGAGAAUGCUAAAAUGCCAACACCCCACAUGGGUUCUCCCCAAGAAGGGUAGAACACCCCGAAAGGGACGCCCUCUUUGCCUUCAGAUGGUAACCACUAAAAGGCCAGCCUUCCAAAAAGCAAUCUUCCCCCACAUAGCACCCCCAAAGGGUGGAUCUUGGAGGUCUUCUCUAACCUAAAUGGUUCUGUCUAAAAACCCUAUCCCUCAAAUAAUACCCCACAUAGACAACUCUCCCCCCCUCCCCCCCAAGGGCUGCCUGCCCUGGGGCAGUGCUCGCUAUGGCUGCCCGGUGGAUGGCACCCACCCCAAGCUCAGUGUUAUGAGGUGGGUUAUUAGCACAGCAACCCACGAGGCCGUUCCUCAGGUCAGAUGGGUUUUGUGUAUCCGCGCACACUGCUUGGUCUUCGCUGUAGUUGUCGCCGUGCUGCCAUUGAAAUGUUUGUAAAUAGUUUUGUACAAACGGUGGAUGUCUAACUUUUAUUAAAGGUUUUGAAAUAA